ACAAUACUAUCAACACUGAAACACUACCAGUAAGGAUAAGGUUUUGAGAAAUUAAAAAAAAAAAUGGCAUCCCAUAAUUUAGUUUUUUGUUUGAUUUUAAUUUCAUCUUUGCUAGUUAUAAUUUCUGAGGGUCAAAGCACUGUACCAGUUGUGCCUGGACUUUCAUACUCAUUCUAUUAUUCAAGUUGCCCAGAAUUGGAAAUUAUUGUUAGAAGUCAUCUUUGGGAAGUUUUUAACAAUGACAUUACUCAAGCGGCUGGCUUGCUUCGCCUUCAUUUCCAUGAUUGCUUUGUUCAGGGUUGUGAUGGAUCAGUAUUGCUGGAUGGAUCCACUAGUGGCCCAAGUGAGCAGGAUGCACCUCCAAACUUGACCUUGCGCUCCGCGGCAUUUACGAUCAUAGACGAUCUUCGUGCACUUGUGCAUGGUGCAUGUGGCUCAAUUGUCUCAUGUGCUGAUAUAGUUGCCCUUGCUGCUCGCGAAUCUGUUUUUCUGCCAAAUGGACCAUAUUACUCUAUCCCAUUAGGGAGAAGGGACAGCGUAAACUUUGCAACAAGACCGGUUACACUAGCCAAUUUACCACCACCUACGUUUAACACCACAAGCCUCAUCAACGCCUUUGCCGCCAAAAACUUGACCACCACCGAUCUUGUCGCCCUCUCCGGUGGUCACACCAUCGGACGCGGCCAUUGCACCUCCUUCGCCGACAGACUCUACCCUACUCAAGAUCCAACCAUGGACCAAACCUUCGUUAAAAACCUUAAGCUCACUUGUCCAACAAAUACCACCAACAACUCUACAAAUUUGGACAUUCGUUCACCUAACUUGUUCGACAAUAAGUACUAUGUCGACCUUAUGAACCGCCAAGGCUUGUUCACGUCCGAUCAAGAUCUAUACACCGACUCUAGGACAAGGAACAUUGUAUUAGAUUUUUCCAUUAAUCAGAAUCUGUUCUUUGAAAAGUUUGUGGAGGGGAUGUUAAAAAUGGGACAACUCGGUGUAUUGACGGGUACACAAGGGGAGAUUCGCACUAAUUGCUCCGCAAGAAAUGGUAACAAUGUAGAUUUGGCGUCUGUUGUUGGAGAACAUCAAGAACAAGAAAUGUUGUCGCAGUAUUGAGGAAUAUGCACAAUAGUUGGAGUGGAAGUUUGUACAAGAACUAGAAUAAAAACUUGUGUCUAAUGAUAGGAGGAAGUAUUUUCCCAUCUCACUUAUGUUUUUGUAAAAAUAUAUCAGACCAAAAUAAGUUUGAAUAUGAUAUUCAUAAGUUUAAAAA